CUGUCCCCCGGGUGGCGGCGGCGGGCGGUUUGAAUCGGGAUCAGGGCUACGGAUCGCGGAGACUGCGCCAAAGAGGCCUGUAGGAGAGGUGGCCGGAGCCGGGCAGCAAGUUCACUUCUAAAUGUUGGACUAAUAAAGGAGGUGAACAGAAUGAGCUGGGCUUUGGAAGAAUGGAAGGAAGGCCUCCCUACCAGAGCGCUGCAGAAAAUUCAGGAGCUGGAGGGACAGCUGGACAAACUCAAGAAAGAAAAGCAACAGAGGCAGUUUCAGCUCGACACGCUGGAGGCCGCCCUGCAGAAACAGAAGCAGAAGGUUGAAACAGAAAAAACUGAAGGCACCAACCUGAAGAGGGAAAACCAAAGAUUGAUGGAAAUAUGUGAAAAUUUGGAGAAAACCAAGCAGAAGAUUUCCCAUGAACUUCAAGUCAAGGAGUCACAAGUGAAUUUCCAGGAGGGACAGCUAAACUCAGGCAAAAAACAAAUAGAAAAGCUGGAGCAGGAGCUUAAAAGGUGUAAAACUGACCUGGAAAGGAGCCAGCAGGCCGCGCAGUCUGGGGACGCCUCUCUCAGCACACCGCAGAGGACCUUCGCCACUCCGCUCACCCCAAGUCAACUUUACAGCGGUUCCAAGUAUGAAGACCUCAAAGAAAAAUAUAACAAAGAAAUCGAGGAACGAAACAGAUUGGAAGCAGAAGUGAGAGCCCUGCAGGCCAAAAGAGGCAGCCAGGCAGUGCCGCAGACCAGCAUGAAUCACCGCGACAUUGCCCGGCACCAGGCCUCCUCGUCUGUGUUCUCCUGGCAACAGGAGAGGACCCCAAAUCGACUUUCUUCUCAUCCUCAAAAAACCCCAAGUAGGAGGGAUUUCUCCGCAUCUCACAUUUUUGGAGAGGAAGAGGUGACUCCGAGUAGAUCAGUUUUGCAAACAGGGCACAGAGAUGCUAAUAGCAGUUGGCACAACAGUUCCUGUGGUUCUCCUCUUUUGGGUCAAUUGAAAAGCCAGAAUCAAGAGCUGAGAAGCAAGGUUAAUGAGCUGGAACUGCGUCUGCAAGGACAAGAAAAAGAAAUGAAAAGUCAAGCGCAUAGAUUUCAAGAGCUGCAGCUCCAGCUGGAGAAGACAAAAGCGGAAUUAAUUGAAAAAGACAAAGUUUUGAACAAAAACAGGGAUGAACUAGUGAAAACGUCUGCACAGCAUGACCAGGCAGCAACCAAGUGUACUGCGCUCGAACAAAAGCUGAAAAAGUUGACGGAGGACAUGAGCUGCCAACGACAAAACGCGGAAAGCGCCAGAUGUUCCCUGGAGCAGAGGGUCAAGGAGAAAGAAAAGGAGCUUCAGGAGGAGCUCUCCCGACAGCAGCGGGCCUUCCAGACGCUGGACCAGGAGAGCACGCAGAUGAAAGCCAGGCUCACCCAGGAGCUGCAGCAGGCCAAAAACACACUCCGCGGCCUGGAGGCCGAGCUGGAUAAAGUCUCAUCAGCAAAACUACAGUUAGAGAAAAAUUUGGAAGAAUUUAAGCAGAAGUGCAGCAGAAUGGAACAGGCUUCCGAGGAAAGGCAGGUGGAAGAGCAGGCCCUGAGGAGCAGCAGCCAGGAAAUGAAAAAGGAAAAUGGCUUCCUUAGAGCUCAGUCUGAACAAAGGGCCAGAGAAGUCAGCCACCUGGAGGAGGAGCUGCGGAAAGCCCGAGUGUGUUUGAGUCAGAGCCAGAACUUCACGGAAGAAAUGAGAGCUAAGAAUGCCUCUCAGGAAACCAUGAUGAGAGAGCUUCAAGAAAAAAUAAAUCAGCAAGAGAACUCCUUCACUUUAGAGAAACUGAAACUCACCUUGGCUGAUCUGGAAAAGCAGCGAGACUGUUCCCAAGACCUUCUAAAGAAGAGGGAACAUCACAUUGAGCAACUGAACGAAAAGUUGAGCAAGAUGGAGAAAGAGUCCAAAGCUUUAAUGAGUGCCUUGGAGUUAACAAAGAAAGAAUACGAAGAGUUGAAUGAAGAGAAAACUCAGUUUUCUCGUUGGAGAAGUGAAAAUGAAAAACUUUUACAUCAGAUGGAAUCAGAAAAGGAGAGCUUGCAGAGUAAAGUCCACCACUUGGAAAUGUGCCUCAAGACACAACAAAUAAAAAGCCAUGAAUAUAACGAGAGGGUAAGAACCCUGGAGAUGGAAAGAGACAAUCUGGGCGUGGAGAUGCGAAACCUGUGCAGUGUGGUUGACAGCAAGACGAGGGAGGCAGAGAUGCAGAAACAAGCGUAUGAGGGGCUACAGCAGAAGGCGGAGCUCUCCGAACAGAAGCAUAAGAAGGAAAUGGAAAAUCUGUGCAUGAAGACUUCUCAGCUUACUGGGCAAGUUGAAGACCUAGAGCAGAGGCUUCAGUUACUGUCAAGUGAACUACUAGACAAGGCCCAGCAUUACCAGGAGCUGCAGGCUGAAUAUGAGAACCUCAGGGAUCUGUUCAAAUCCAAAGAGUCUGCACGGUCACAGGGGGACCAUCAGAGCAGUUGUCUGGCUUUUGAACAGCAGUCAGCAAUGAGUGCUUCCUUUGUAAAUGUGAUGGGAGAACAAGGAAGCAAUUCUUUAGAAAGGAGCCGGUGUCUUUUAGAUGCAGACCCAAGUCCAAAAAGUCCGGCCAUCCUACACAGUAGAGUCAUUUCGCUCGAAUUUUCCUUAGAAUCUCAGAAGCAGAUGAACUCGGAUCUGCAGAAGCAGUGUGAAGAGUUGGUUCACAUCAAAGAGGAAAUAGAAGAAAAUCUCAUUAAAGCAGAACAGAUGCAUGAAAGCUUUGUGGCCGAGACAAGUCAGUGCAUUUGCAAGUUACAGGAAGACACUUCUGUUCAUCAGAAUGUUGUCGCUGAAACUUUAGUUGCCCUGGAAAACAAGGAAAAAGAGUUACAACUUUGGAAAGCAAGAUUAGAAGUUGAGCAAGUAGAGAUUCAAGAAUUAAAAAAGAGUAACCAGCUCCUGGAAGACUCUCUAAAGGAGCUACAGCUUUUAUGUGAAACCCUGAGCUCAGAAAAAAAGGAAAUGAGUUCCAUUAUUUCUCUAAGUAAAAAAGAAAUUGAAGAGCUAACCCAAGAGAACGGGACUCUCAAAGAGAUGAAUGAAAUCUUAAACCAAGAGAAAAUGAACUUACUCCAAAAAAAUGAGAAAUUUUCAAACUGUAUAGAGAAACAAGAGAAAAGCAUUUCAGAGUUGUCUGAUCAGUACAAGCAAGAAAGACUCUUUUUACUACAGAGAUGUGAGGAGACGGGAAGUGCAUUUGAGGAUCUUAGUGAAAAAUACAAAGCAGCACAAGAGAAGAACUUGAGGUUAGAAUGCUUGCUCAACGAAUGCAACAGUGUUAGUGAAAGUAGGAAAAACGAAUUAGAGCAGCUAAAGGCAACAUUUGCAAAAGAGCACCAGGAAUUCUUCACAAAAUUAGCCUUUGCUGAAGAAGAAAACCAGAAGCUAAUACUAGAGUUUGAGGUGGUGCAGCAAGCUUUGAAGUCUGAGAUUAGGGACCUCCGCUCGAGUUCCAAGAGUGAGACUGAUGCCUUACAGCAAGAAAUCACGGCUUUAAAGGAAGGACAAAAUAAGAUGCAAAAGGAAGUUAAUGACUUAUUUCAAGAGAAUGAGCAACUGAUGAAGUUAACCAAGACCAAACAUGAAGGUCAGCAUCUCGAAUUGGAGCCAGUUAGGGACCCUGUGAAUGAAAGAGAGAGUGAGAUCGAUAUGUGCAGUUUCCAACUUCAUACGGAUCUCGGGGUUGAAGACAUUGCUCCUAACAAUUCUAAUGCACAGAUGGUACAAUUAGAAGCUUUGAUAGGAAAUACGGAAUUAAACCCUCAGGAAAGUGAGAAGGAGAAAGAGAGCCUGCAGCAGGAGGUACAGACACUUAAAGGAGAAUUAAAAGCUGGCAACCUCCAAGGCCGUUCGUCCCAGGAAAUGAGCGGCCUCAUGGACUGUGAAGCGGAUGCAGAAGGGAAGUACAGUGCGGUGCUUUGUGAGCUGUCCCCAAGGCAGGGUGACCAUGCACACUGGCGAUGUUCUUCUCUGCAGGCAGCCUUGAGCAAGCUGGGCGAGCUGGAGAAGAUGUGUGAGAUGCUGCAGGUGGAGAAGCUGCAGCUGGUGUCGGAGCUAAAUGACUCAAGGGCAGAGUGUAUCACAGCAACCAGUAGAAUGGCAGAAGAGGUAGAGAAGCUAGUGAAUGAAAUGAAAAUAUUAAAUGAUGACAACGGCCUUCCCCAAGCUGAGUCUGUGGGAGAAAUGCCCGCCAACGAAUUUUAUAAAUGGAAAAAUGAGCAGACACUUGUGUCCUCGAACCCUUUAGAUACCAGCAAUUCCUACGAGCAGCUGACCUUGUCAAAUAAAGAGGUUCAAACGCACUUCGCCGAACUGCAGGAGAAAUUCUCAUCUUUACUAAGCGAGCACAAGAUUUUACAUGACCAGCGCUGUCAGAUGAGCUCCAAGAUGUCGGAGCUAUGGUCCUACGUUGACACGCUGAAGGCUGAAAAUUCAGCCUUGUCAGUGAAUUUGAGAAACCUACAAAGUGACUCGGCAAAGGAGAUGAAGCCAGAGGAACAUGUUCUGUCACUGUCCUUCUCUUGUGUGACCAACAGCCCUAGUGUGACAAGUUUUGGAGAGUCCUCUUUUUACAAAGAUGUUUUAGAACAGACCGGUGACACGUCUUUUUUGAGUAAUUUAGGGGAGAGUGUUCCAACAAAUGCCAGCUUGGAGGAGGAGUGUCUGACCACAAAAGAAGCCCCAGCCACCGCGGAGAGGAGUGUGGAAGAACUCGAGACCCUUUGUCAGGGGUACCUGCGGUCCCUCAAGAAUCUGCAAGAGGAAAUGGAAAGUCAAGCGAUGGUAAAAGAUAAAGAAAUUCAAGAGCUUGGGGAGUUAUUAAGUUCUGAAAGGACGGAGCUGGACUGUCUGAGGAAGCAGUACUUGUCCCAAAAUGAGCAGUGGCAGCAGAAGCUGACAAGUGUGACGCUGGAGAUGGAGUCCAAGCUGGCGGCUGAGAAGCAGCAGACGGAGCACCUGUCCCUCGAGCUGGAGGUGGCGCGGCUGCAGCUUCAGGGACUGGAACUAAGUUCUCAGUCCUUGCUUGGUGCCGACAAUGAAGAGGCUAUUCAGAGCCAAAAUGGUAGCUAUGACAUAAAAGAAUCAGAAGAAUAUACUUCAGAGAUUACAGAAAAAACACCAAAGCGGGACAGUCAUCAGAUCUGUGAAGAGGUUGUCCAGCAGGACCUCAGCGUAGAGUCUGAAGAAACCACUGAGGGCCCACGUGUUCCACAGGGAGCCAGAGAAGUGCCCUCGGAAGCCACUGAUGACACAGCAGUGGGAGUCCGCGGCCAGGGCUGUCUGCAACACACUUCUGAGCUGUCAUCUUGUGGCCCUCAUGCUUUAGCGCCCAUGGAGUUUGUGGAGAAUCAAGUGUCUAUCCAGACUCUCCAGCUGCAGGUGAAAGAGGCAUCAAAUGAGAAUUUGAGAUUACUUCACGCCUUAGAGGACCGUGACAGAAAAGUUGAAAAUUUGCUGAAUGAAAUAAAAGAGUUAGACUCCAGACUUGAUUUACAGGAGCUGCAGCUAAGGACCAAGAUCAAAAUGUGCUUACAGUUGGAAAAGAUAGUCGAGGAACUUAAGAAAGAAAAAUGUAACUUAAGUGAAAAGUUGGAAUCGUUCUCCCGUGCUGACCAGGAGUUAGGCCCGAGAGUAGAAACUUCCGAAGCUCUCAGUUCUAAUUUAGAAAUGGGCACCGACGACUCCCCGCAGGAAGUUCUUGAAGAGAACGUUCCCAUGGUGGGUGAGAGCCGGAAGGACGGAUUCCUCGCUGUGGAGAUCAAGGCUGAGGACGCUGGGAUUGAACAUCGCGCCCUUGCCAUGGAAGCUGACUUAGAGGUGGCUCAGAAUGAGAAGCUGUGUUUGGAAAGAGAUAAGGAAAACUGUCAGAAAGUUAUUGUCCACCUUGAAGAAGAACUCUCUGUAGCCACAAGUGAGAGAAACCGGCUUCAUGGAGAAUUAGACACCGUGACGAAAGAAAACAGAACCCUGGCCCAGAUGUCUGAGGCGAUGAAGGAGAAAGUCCAGGCACUGGAGGCUGAGGUGAGGGACAAAGCGGCUGUCCUUCACACUCUGUCCUCGCAGCUGAGCGAGCUGUCGGCAGACAGAGGUGACCUGCAGAAGCAGCUGCGGAGGUUGGAAGGCGACUCCCAGGCACUGUCCUCUGCAGCGCGGGAACUGGAGAGCCAGGUCGGACGACUGGAUAAGGAGAAGGAAUCGCUGGCCAGGGAGUCUGAGAGCCUGCAGGCCCAACUGAACGAGUUGGAACAGGAAAGGCUGAGCGCGUCCAGGGCCCUGGAGGUUGCACUGAUGGAGAAAGAUGAGCUCGCAGAGCGACUCGGCUCCACCCAGCAGGAGGUGCACCAGCUGCGGAAGGGGAUGGAGAAACUGCGUGUGCGCAUCGAGGCCGACGAGAAGAAGCAGCUCCACGUCCUGGAAAAGCUGAAAGGAUGUGAGCGAGACAACGAUGCGCUCCGGGAUAAGGUGGAGGGUCUCCAGCGGGAGCUGCAGAUGUCCGAGGAGAACCAAGAGCUGGUGAUCCUGGAUGCCGAGAACGCCAAAGCCGAGGCGGAGAGCCUAAGAGCACAGGUAGACGAGAUGGCCGAAAGCCUGAGAGGUUCCCGGGUAGAUCUCACCACACUCAGAUCUGAAAAGGGAGAUCUGACAAAGCAGCUGCAGGAGCAACAGGGCCAAGCGUCCAAAUUAGAGGCGCGGCUCUCUUCGCUUCAGAGUCUUGUAGAAGAAAAGGAGCAAGCGAGGGCACACAUGCAGGAAGAAUCCAGAACCGCGGUGGAGAUGAUCCAGGCACAGGUGAGAGAGCUGACUGAGGAGGUUGCAGCCUUAUGUCAAGACCAAGGGACCCCGAAGGCCGAGGAGCAGAACCUGGACGCCCCAGGGAAUGAAGUGCCUCGGCUGCGCUACAGCCUAGGGAGGCUCCGAGCCCGCCUGGACGCCGAUCGUGAGAAGCAGCUCCGUGUCUUAGGACAACUGAAGGGAAGCGAGUGUUGUGUGCAGCUGCUGCAAGGUAGUGUCGAGAGCCUGCAAAGGGAGCUGGAGCUGUCAGGCAGAAGCCAAGAGCAAGCAGUUCGUGAGGCUGAGAAUUCCAAAGCCGAGGUGGAGACCCUCAAAGCAGAAAUCCAGGAGAUAUCCCAGAACCUGAGAGACUUGAAAGUCGAUCUGGUUAAUACGAAGUCAGAAAAAGAAGAUCUGACCAGAGGCCUACAGAAAGAGCAAGCCCGUGUGUCUGAAUUAGAAAUACGGAACUUUUCAUUGGAAAACCUCUUGCAAGAAAAAGAGCACCAGAACGUUCAGGUAAAAGAGGAAUCCGAAGUUGCAGUGGAGACGCUUCAAGCACAGUUAAAAUUAUUGAAUGAGAAAGUGGUAGCCUUGUGCAACGACCAAGAGGCCUGCAAGACCAAGGAACAGAGUCUGAGCAGUCGGGUGGAUUCUCUUGAAGUGGAGAAGGCUCAUCUGCUGCAGGACCUCGAGGGAGCCAAACGUAAUUAUGUUACUUUGCAGUCUUCUGUGAAUGGCCUCAUGCAGGAAGUAGAAGAUGGCAAGCAGGAACUAGAGAGGAAGGAUGAGGAGCUCAGUCGGCUGCAAGGUCAAGUUCAAGAUCAGGAGCAGCUCGCCUCUCAGCUGUCCCAGGUGGAAGGAGAGCGGCAGCUCUGGCAGAAGCAGAAAGCGGAGUUGGAGCAGAAGGUCCAAGGGCUGCAGUCCCAAAACCACACCUUGCGGGACUCCUUGGAAGCCCUGCAGAAUUCUUGCCAAGAGCUGGAGCGUGAGCUCUCAUCGACAAAAGUGGAAAAAAUAUCCCUGGUUGAAAGAGUAAACACCAUGACUGCGAAGGAGGCUGAGCUCCAGGCGGAAAUGCAGGAUAUGGUACAGAAAACAACAGAGCUGAAAGAAGAAUUCAGUGGAGAGAAAAACAGGCUCACUGCGGAAUUAAAUGUGCUGUUGGAGGAAAUAAAGAGCAGCAAAACAGACCACCUAAAAUACGUAGAUCAGCUGAAGAAGGAGAAUGAACGCGCUCAGGGGAAAAUCAAGUUGUUGCUCAAAUCCUGCAGACAGCUGGAAGAGGAGAAGAAAAUGUUGCAGAAGGAGCUGUCUCAAGGAGAAGCUGCCCAGAAGCAAAACACAGGUGCUCUUGAAGCUAAUGUGGAUGAGCUGAGGGCUGAGAUCAGAGAGCUGAAAGAGACUCUUGAAGACAGAGCCAAGGAGGCUGACGAGUACCUCGAUAAGUACUGCUCCCUGCUGAUAAGCCACGAAAAGCUGGAGAAAGCGAAGGAGAUGUUGGAAACACAGGUGGCUCGCCUGAGUUCACAGCACCCGAAGCACGGUCUCAGCGGCUCUCCCCUGCGGAGUUCAGCCACUCCAGAGCCGUCUCCAGCCCCUUUGGUUGGGGAAGGGAAGUCAUCGUCUGGUCAAAGCAAAGCUUCCGGCAAGAGGCAAAGGUGCAGUGGGAAUUGGGAGAGUGGAGGAGGACUAACUCCUUCUACCCCAGAGGCCUUUCCUAAGAAAAGCAGGACAGUGGUUGGAACCGGUGGCAUCCACCCUGCCAAGGAUGAAGAGUUUGAGCCGGAAGGGCUUCCGGAAGUUGUCAAGAAAGGGUUUGCUGACAUCCCAACCGGAAAGACCAGCCCCUAUGUCCUGCGUAGGACCACCAUGGCCACCAGGACCAGCCCCCGCCUGGCUGCGCAGAAGUCAGCCCUGUCCCCACUGAGUGCGGGCAAAGAAAAUCUUGCAGAGUCCUCCAAACCAACAGCUGGUGGCAGCAGAUCACAAAAGGUCAAGGUUGCUCAGCGGAGCCCAGCAGGGUCUGCAGAGCCCACCGUGAAGUCUGCUUCUGUCCGUCACCUUUCCGGGAGAAGCCCGGCUGACAGCCCCAGGGAUGGCCCCAGAACCAGGCGCAGCCCGCUGGUCCCCAGGCCGGACGCCAGGCCCGAGCCCACGAACAGCGAGAACUGUCGGGUCCAGUGAAGAGACUGCGCCGGGCAGGACGGCCGUCUCCUCCAAGGGCUUUUCCUCAUCGGGGAGCAAGCACGGCAGUGUGAUCCCUGUGAUCCCCGCACCUCGUCCCCUCCAGUGACCUGCGUGCAAGGGGCCAAGUGUGGAAGCACUGAUCACCCAGUCCUCUACUGUAGUGUGACUAGUCCCAUGUAAAGCUGUCUGCUCAUUUGUUGCAAUUAAAUGGCAAGCACCGUGACAGCCUCUGUUUGUAUGUGGAGUUUACAUUAAAGAAUACAAAACAUGUUCUAAACUUCCAGUUGGCCACUUGUGGGAAAAACAGAGUCUUCUGCUUUAGGAGCUUUCCUGUGUGUAGUGUUAGACAGGAAAUAACUUUCAAUCAAAAAUUUCUUUGAGCUGAAAGAAAUGAAGGAAAAUUGUGUUGUAUGUUUCUAAGAAAAACAUGUCCUUCUCUUCCAGUGUGUUUCAUAUGUCACUGUAUAAUGUGUACAUACGUGUGUGUAGGGCUUUGGGGGGUGUGUGUGUUUUUUCCAGUGUUUAGAGGUGUAGCAUAUCAUGCUUUCUGUAAUGCUUUGUUCUUUUUAAAAACCAUUAUAUUUCUUUGGUGUGCAUUUUCAUAUCUGGUG